AUGGAAAAUGUCAUAGUGACAGAAACAUUCGUCGAAUAUGGCAUUGGUAUGAUGUUUUUGGUGCUUCGAAUGUUUGCUCGUUUGAAAUUCAGCGGAAUUCGGGGACUACUGAUAGAGGAUGCCUUUGCUGGAGCGGCCAUGGUUUUUUGGACUCUUCAAUCUACCAUCAUUUAUUAUCUAGAGACCCUCGGCAGCAAUAUAGGCCUCACAACUGCGACGGCACUUCAAGUCCCAGACAGUCAAGUUCAAACAAUGGAACUAGGGUCUAAGCUUGCUUUCAUGAACUGGAUAUGGUAUAUGUGCUAUAUGUGGAGUCUGAAAGCUGUCUUGCUUUGGCUUUUCUGGAGGCUCACAAAAGGAACAAAAUCACAAAAAAUCGUUCUAGCAUCAGCUGUUUUCUGUCUGGUUAGCUGGUUAGCAUACCACUGCACUCUCCGUCAACCUCUUUACGUUGUUAUCUGUGUCCUCAAUGUUCUAUCCGACCUUGUUGUCAUGAUUGCUCCCGUCCUCAUGCUCAGGAAACUCCAAAUUCCCUUUCAGCACAAAAUCAUUCUCGCGAUCAUGUUCACGUCUGGAUUUUUCAUCAUGAUCUGCUCUAUCCUUCGUUGCUACUAUUCCCUCGGUGAUGUCUCCCAUCUUUCCAUAGCACUGCAGUGGGCCGACCGCGAAUGCUUUUUGGCCGCUAUUGUUGCAUCUCUACCUGGGAUUAAGCCCAUUUUCCGACAUGUGCGCUGGCUGGGAUUUUCAGACUACUCAAGCUCUAGGAAGCAGUAUAGCAGCCAGGGAUACAACGUAUUUGCUUCCAAGAACGAUGACAAGAUCGCUGGUUUCUCAUUACCAGAGCGCAGUGGAAAGCUGGUUGAGCUUAAUACAAUGCAUGGUAGCACACAGAAGGGACGUUCUUCUGAAGAAAGCGAGAGACCCAUUCUCAACGGCGACAAAAACUUCGUCACUUCAGUCAGCCAAGGCGGCAAUAGCCCACGGCUUCUAGACCCGUCAACUAUCCAUAUUACGACGGAGUAUAGUCUAAAUACGGAACAUGGUGCAGUUACAGAAGGGAUUCGUUCCAGUGGUUGA